AUGAGAAGAAUCCCGAGAGCUUUCCGCAACGUUGAGCCUUCACAAGAUGACCUCCACUACUUGGAUGGUGCUAACAUCCCACCAGUUCAAAGCUCAGAUUCAUUGCCUGCUCAAUCUAGGAUUCGACGAGUCCUUCUAACAUUAAGGGACACUCUACAGACUGCGUACAACUCAGUCAGUCUCUGUCGACUGUAUCCUCGUCAUCCCUCCUUCGAGCCAGAUCAUGUGAUCUUAUCCUCCUUACUUGCAAGGACGUCUCCAAUGGUUAGCCAACUUGAAGGAAGCGACGAUCAACAAAAGGUUUCUCCACCUCCUUAUCCCUUUCCUAAUAUGACGGUCCAUAGACUUAUGUCUUGGAUGAAUUCCGGGAGUGCACUGUUAUCCGAAAUUAAAGUCUCACACUUGGUCAAGGACGUGAUACUGGCGGAAGACUUUGAUCCUAAGCACCUUGAAAACUUCUCCAUGAAGCGAAGCUUGCGAGAGCUAGAUAGAGAUGAGAAUGGGAAAAAAGUAACCUUUCCUGAUGAUUGGAUUGAGACUGACAUUACCAUCAACAUUCCGACAAAGUCGAAGGAGGACGGCCUUCAGCCCUAUAUGAUUCCUGGAUUCCACUACUGCCCUCUUGUUGAAGUGAUAUGUGCCGCAUUCGCAGAUGUUCAAGCUCGGGUGUUUCACCUCCUACCUUCCAAACGGCUUUGGAAAGACCCUUUGGAUGACCACGAAGAGAGGAUAUUCGAUGAGUUAUACACCUCUGAUGCAUGGUUGGAGGCUCAGGACCACAUUAAGAAGCUGCCCAGGGAGCAUGGAUGCUCACUGGAGCGCAUCAUCGCCGGCAUGAUGCUCUUUUCUGACACCACACAUCUGGCAAACUUUGGGACCGCUAAAGCUUGGCCAUUAUACUUGUAUUUCGGAAAUCUGACCAAGUAUGCAAGGUCGUCACCCAAAUCAGGGGCUUGCCAUCUAGCAGGAUUCUUGCUGUCAGUGAGUUUUCCUUGCAUUCAACACACUCGUCUUCUGUUGAUCAAGUCAGCUUCCCGAUAG